AUGGCAAAAAACAACAAAUAUGCUUCCAUCAACUUCAACCACAUCUACGACAAAUCCAUAACCACCACCACCAAAACCACCAACGCAUCAAAAAGCCCUUCCAUUUCUUCAUCUUCAUCCUCCUUCUCCUCCGCUUCCUAUUCUGCUGUUUCCGCUCCCAACAAACAUGGCCGCAUCCUCGUUCUAACCCGACCCACACCAAAACCCAUCGCACAUCACCCCACCCCUUCCGCACCACCAUCCAAACCCAACCCAAACCCAAACCCAAAUCCAAACCCGAUCUUACAGGGUCCAGAUCGACCCCGAUCCGAACCGGGAUCCGAUUCGAUCUCGCUUCGUCCUCUGGGUCGAACCGGAGUCGCGUCGUCGCCUCUUUUACCAACCCCGAAUCUGAAUCAGGGGAAAGAGAAAGAUUUGGGUUCUCUGAAACCGAAUAAGUUCGUGCCGCCGCAUCUUCGACCGGGGUUUGUGCCUAGAGAGGAGCAUGCUAGACCGGAAUUGGGUCGGUUUAGGGAAAACUUGCGACCCAAGUCUGGUGGAAACGAGAGGAUGAGGAGGAUUGGUGUGUCCGAUUCGAGUUUCAAGCAUCGCCCCAGUUCCAGUGGAUGA